UAUCAACUAAUUCUUAUACCUAAACAAAAGGAAAUGAAAAAGUUUCUCCUCACACCACUUUUUCUUGGCGGUAAAGAAGUUUACGAUACUACUUACACCACCUCUCCAAGACCUAAAACAAAAGGAAACGAAGGAAACGUUGCUAAAGUUCAUAUUCGUAAAGCUAACAAAAAAGCCUGUUUAUUCUAG